UAUUGGGAGCCCUCAUCACCUGUUGACUAAUGGCGUGGUGGCCGUGGUUGUUGGUGCAGUUGGUGGUGUGGUGCUGCACUGGCUUGGUGGCUGUGCUGUGGUGGAAGUGGGCCACCAGGCCCCACAUCGACGCUCCCGGGCCACCCACACUGCCCAUCAUUGGGAACAUUCUGGACUUCCUUGAAAUGCCAGUGACCACCCAUAAGGUGUUUGACCUGCAUCACCAGUAUGGGAACUUGGUGAGGCUGUAUGUCGGCCCAAUGCUGCUGGUGAUAGUGGCGCAUCCAGACGAUGUGCAGCACGUCCUGCUGACAUCAAAGCUGGUAGACCGCGGCACCAUCGUCACCAACCUCUUGCGGCCCUUCGCUGGCGUUGGGUUGAUCAACAUUGAUGCUAGGCGGUGGAAGCUGCACCGCAAACUUAUCAACCCCACGUUCCACUCCGAGCUUCUGGAGGGAUUCCUGGAGGCUUUCCACGACGGUGGUCUCUUCGUGAGCGAGCGGCUCGCCAGGGCCAGAGGCGCAGCUACCGACGUUCACCCUCCAGUGUUCUUGGCAACCAUCCACAACUUCUGCAGCACCAUCAUUGGCAUGAACCAUGACCUCAUACCAGACGGCAUGGCAGGGGAGGAGCUGUCUGCCGCAGUGAACGAUGGCUUGACCACUGUGCAGAAGAUGACACUGCGGCCAUGGAUGCAGAACAAAUUUCUGCUGCGGCUGACGUCCAAAGGACGUGGUGUGGUAAAGAUCGUGAAAAUGAUGGAGAAUUGGGCCAUGCAGUGCAUCGCCAUAAGGUCGGCAGCCACAGAGGACGCACCUACCAAGAAACGGCAGCGCCUGCUGGAAGCUCUGGUCAAGCCAGGCGGUCAGACUGUGUUACCACUCGACGAGAUUCAGGGCGAGGUUAUGAAUCUGCUGGUAGCCGGCACAGAGACAGUGUCCUUGACCGUCAGCUAUGCACUGACACUGUUGGCCCUCCACCCUGAGUGGCAGGAUGCAGCCCACCAGGAGCUGAAGGACGUCUUCGGCGAGGGUGACGACUACCUGCGGGCCCCCAGUCUUGCAGACCUAGGCAGACUGAGGGUGCUGGAGAGCAUCAUAAAGGAGACACUGCGGCUGUUUCCAAUGGUCCCGAUACUCCCUCGGGUGGCCACAGAGGACCUCUGGCUGUCUGGAGGGUCUCCAGGGAGUGUGUUGGUUCCUAAGGGGGCACUGCUUUUCGUGAUGCCCUUACUCACACACCGCCUGCCACAGUUCUUCCCGGACCCACAGCGGUUCGACCCAUCACGCUUCUUGGAGGACCGUGUUGGCAAAGAGCAUACAUGCAGCUACCUGCCAUUUGGAUUGGGCACGCGCAACUGUGUGGGCUCCCAGUAUAGCCGACUGCAGCUAAAAGUCUACCUGGCAGACAUACUGAGGCGCUUCCGCUUCCUGCCAUGUAGCCAGCGGGAGGACCUGGAGAACUGCGCGCUCUCCUUGAGCCUAAACCCCAUCAAACCAAUCAGAGUGUCAUGCAUGCCUCUGGGUGGCCCUAGCACAUAG